GGCUCGUGGUGGAGAUGAUCCAACGGGUCGAAGACAGCGCCCUCUGGCAGAAAUACUCCGAUCGCCGGGCAAGGAUUGCAUUGAAGACCGACGAGGUCACGCAGCUGGAGGACCUGCCAGGCAGCGGCAGCUGCAAGACGACAAGAAGCUUGGGCGACCUCAACGCCAGGCUGGACAGCAGCAUCAACGAGCUCUACCUGUUCCACGGCUCCAGUCCUGCCGGCGUCCUUGGAAUAGGCUCUUCCGGUUUUAACUUGGACUUGGCGGGCUCGAGUGCUGGCAUGAUGUUCGGCCCUGGGGCCUACUUCGCUGAGGCGAGCAGCAAAGGUGACGAGUACGCCUCCGAGGAUCCCAGCGGGCUGUUCGCUGGGAAGUGCGCGAUGCUUCUCUGUCGCGUGGUUUGUGGCGAACUGUUUCGGGUGGAGGCCGCAGACCCCAGAUUGGUUCAGAGUUCCAGGACCGGACGUUACGAUGGUACCCUCGGAGACCGAGAGCAUGCGGCUGGCACCUAUCGGGAGUUCGUGGUUUACGACCAGGCGCAGGUCUACCCUGAGUACGUGAUCAUCUACCGGCGGAUCUUCCACUGA